GGCAGCUGGCUUUCGUUUAGCCUUUUGGAUCUCAUGAUUCCCAUCCCCCAUUCGUAAUUGGAGGUUUAACUUGUAGGUUGGACUGCCACGGGCUCACGUGACCUACACCACUCUACAGACUCUACACCAUCUUACAGUGCGGGAUUUUCACAUUACAUAGUGAAUUACAACGCAGAGGUUACGGUUGCAGGGCAGCGCCGCAGCAGCCAUGGCUAUGGAUUCGAGCUACGGCGAAGAAUUCGCAGUUGGCUGCUUUCUUUCCAUUAAGACCACGUUGGGGGACGAGUUUGAGGGUCAAAUCAUCACCUUCGAUAGGCUUUCCAACAUUCUAGUUCUUCAAGAAGAUUCGAAAAUGGGCCCUCGUCGAAACAUUCGGCUUUUGAAGGCGAACUAUAUUAAAGAAUUCAACCUAAUGGGUCAAGCUGAGGAUCCUCUUGAUCUUAAGAAAUGUUAUCUCGAUCUUGCGAGUCUUCAAGCAAGGGAGGAGGCUGCUAUAAGGCAAGCAGAGAUAGAGGCCGAGAGGAUUGGGAUUGGGGUUACCAGUGAGGCCCAGAGCGUUUUUGAUGCGUUGUCUAAGACGCUUCCAGUUCACUGGGACAAGACCAUCAUUGUGGUGAUGAAUGAAGUUCGCGUUUGCAGUCCGUAUCUCCCUGAAAAUGUAAUUGGCGGAACCCCUGCUGCCAAUGAGCGGGUGAAGAAAGUGCUAGAAUUUGAAAGGAAGAGGUUGCAAGCUCGUGGUCCAAGCCAGUGAUAGUUAUCCUUUCCAUUGUGUAGCUGCUGGGUGAGUGCUGCCAUAUGCUAGGUACCAUAUGCUAAUACCCAUUUACUGCAAUCAUUGGUGCACUGAGGUAUGUCCCAUGGUUACUGGCCAUGUAGCUUGGAAACAAGUUCUGUUGGAGGAGGGGAAGACAUCAGAGUGACUUUUAGUCACAUACUUAUCUUUGUAUUUUAUACUGGCCAAGUUAAUGUGAAAGUGAACAUUUGAAGGUUGUUGAA